UGCGGGUAAAGGGGGGUAACUGCUGUAUACUUGUGCAGUAAGCUUGGGAAAUCCAACCAGGUUGAAAGAGGAAGUUGACUUGUGGAGGCUUGAGGGAGUCAAAUCGUCUCUUCGCGGCACGAGAAAUACAAACAUCCAUGUUGCGGUAGUCUUAAACGAUGUCUGUACAGACCUCAUCCCGCACACCGCUUCUGGCAAGUCUGGACGACAGCAGCACUCGAUGUAGUACCACCAUGUCAUUUCUUGUGCUCCUUCUGUCUUUGAGUCUCCACUUCUUCAACUACUCAAUAUGCUUCCCUGUCAUCGUCUUCUACGUCAUCGACGUCGUCAGUGACGAGAAUCACUACAACAUCAGCUCCUCACAUCCUUGCAGUAACAGCACUCACCACCAUCAGGAGAUGGAGCUUCAGAAGAAGGUUACUGAGAUUAUGACACCAAAUCCGUUUAUAUCGUUCUUCCCAGGGUUGGUCCCUACCUUGCUGCUUGGACCUCUCCUUGAUAGACUUGGAAGGAAGAUUGGUUUUCUCAUACCGAUGGCGGGAACACUUGUCAAACAAAUAAUAUACCUUGUGGUCAUUUGGAAGAGAUUACCUGUAAGAAUUUUGUUCAUCGGUAAUGGGAUUGAAGGCUUGACGGGAGGAUUUGCUGCUAUGCUGAUGGCUGCAUUUGGCAUGGUUGCUGAUCUCACACUCCCUGGAAAAGACAGGACGUUGAGAAUCUCCGUAGCGGAAGCAACUCAAUCCAUCGCUACAUCCCUGGGAGGCUUUGCAACUGGAUUCGGCAUAAAAUACUUACGAUUCCUUGACUGCGUUCUUAUCGCACUGGGUCUAAACGUUGUCAACAUAAUAUUGACUGUCGCACUUCUUCCAGAGACGCUCCAUGUCCGAAUUCGAACUCCAUGCUUCGCCAUAAUGACAAACAUCAAGAGAUGCUUCAGUUUCUACUGCCAAGAUACUGAAGACAGAAGACAACUGACGUUAGUUCUUGGAAUGGUUGCCUUCAUCUUCACGGUAGCUGUCAACUUCUCCAAACCUGGCAUAAUGAGUAUGUUCCUGAUCAAACCCAACUUGUGUUGGGAUCAAGAGAAGAUCAACACCGUGAUGGCAGUGAGGGUAGUGGUCUGCUGGCUGAUCAUCCUGGCCUGUAUGCCAGUGUUCCAGAAGGUGCUCGGCAUGGAGGAUAGGACCAUCGGGAUCGUGGGGUGUGUUUCAUCCAUCCUGGCGUGUUUCAUCAUGUCAUUCGCCACGUAUGAUAAAAUUGUGUAUGCAGUUCUGGGAACUGGUGUGUUUAUGCGACUGACAAUUCCCAUGCUUCGUUCCAUUAUGUCGGGCAGUGUCAGACAAGACGAGCAAGGUGCUUUGUAUGCGGGGAUGGGAUGUGUGGAGAUGGUGUGUGCGGCGGUCAUGGGGACGCUGACGAUUUUGUUAUACCGGGCAACGGAUGCCUCUUACCCAGACACUACGUUCCUCGUCAUGGCCAGCAUCAUGGCUGGAGUUCUCAUCAUCUUCAUAAUUUUGAACUUGACCAGUCGACCCAGCUAUGCCAGUCUCCAUGGAUAUACGCGGCUAGACGGCAACGACAGCGACAACAGGGACGUAAACUAGACGACAACGAAAUCAGAACCACGAACUUGACGGCAACGACAGCGACAACAGAGACGUAAACUAGACGGUAACGACAGCGACACUAGGGACGUGAACUAGACGACAACGAAAUCAGAUACACGAACUAGACGGCAACGACAGCGACAAAAAAGACAGAAACUAGACGGUAACAACAGCGACA